UAGCCCUGGUGGCCAUCUUGUUUUGGGCGAAUUUCAUAGUCAUUGGCUAUGAUAGCCAUGCCGAUUCCCCACGUAGCUGAAAAAGGGACUUAUCAGAUUCCACUCAUCACAUCCUCGCACCAGAGCCCAAAUCUCUCCACCUUGUUUGUGUAGGAACGACACCGGGACCGUCCACCAUAACAUUUCAUGACAUACAAGUCCAAUUCCUCUGUGUACGAGCUUUCUACGCCAUGUCUCAGUCCCUCUAUUCAUCGCUUUUAUUAGGGUUCGACAGCACUCGUUUGCUUCGACUGAUGCCACAUGAAGAUGAGAACGCGGAGAUUACGUGUAGGCUCUUUGUGUAUCCUCUACAUGAUUCAAUUAGAGGUGGCACUCAUAUGUACGAAGCGUUGUCCUAUGCCUGGGGAGGCAUAGAUAAUCCUCGUUUCAUUUCCGUAAACGGACAGGAUUUGAUUGUCAGGGAAAAUCUUCACGCCGCGCUAUUACGCCUUCGGGAUCCUGUUUUGGAACGCAUCAUAUGGAUAGAUGCUAUUUGUAUCAAUCAAAAAGACCCGAAAGAGCGAGGUCAUCAAGUUCAGCUUAUGGCGAAAAUUUACAGUAAAGCAUGUCGUGUGAUCAUCUGGCUUGGGGAGGCGGCGGACGAUAGUGAUCAGGCUCUUGAAGAAAUUGUCGUUGCUGCACGGCAAUCUAAUAUUACAAAUUCCUUUGAUGAGCAGUUUAUGAACCCUCCGGACGAGGAGAUUAUAGAGCAGUUUAUAAUGCCCUCAGACCAGCAACCUACAUCUUCUUUAGGGCUAGAAUUGGCAAAACUUGCAAUCGGCGAACUUGAAACUACUUCAGACAACGGAAUAAACCAGAUGGCAGUUCUCGCACUACUUCAACGUCCAUGGUUUCAGCGCAUUUGGGUAAGGAAAUAUCGCUCAAUAAUGCACAAAAAUGUUACUAAAAGUUGAUCCAGGUACUACAGGAAGUUGCUGCAGCUCGAAAUAUCCUAAUAAGGUGUGGUUCUGUGGAAAUUGACGGACAUGCGUUCUGCUUAGGUUUAGCUUCAUUGGAGAUCUACUACAAAGCUGAUCCAGGUCUGCAGAGCCUGGUCCGUUCUGUGACCUACCUCAUGAGGGAAUCGAUCUUCCGACCUAAAUGUGCAACGAGUAGCUCAAAUAAUUACUCCCUCAACAUCCGCCCGCUAGUCGGACUGAUAGAAAUGUACUAUGCCCAUCAGGCGUCUGAUGACCUUGAUAGAGUGUAUGCCUUACUCGCUAUGAGCUCUGAUAAUCCUGUAUCAAAAGGUUUAUUACCUGACUACACAAUUUCAUGGGCACAGCUAUUUUUACAGCUUGUAAAGUUCAUUCUCUGCGAAAAAAUAUCUGUGGAUAUUUGCCAGACUAGGAGAAUGGCAGUGAUCAAAAGCAAAGGCCGUGUUCUUGGCACGGUCCGCUCGGCAAGGCGUACUCCCUGGAAGCACACGCAAAUUUUGGAGAUCGAUUUCCUCCGUUUCGCCACCCGCUAUGGAAAGUAUGAUAUUCAGGAGUGGAAACUCCCAACGGCACGGAAGGACAUACAAGCUGGCGAUAUAGUCUGUUUUCUAGAAGAUAUCUCAAGGCCAAUGAUAAUUAGGCCAUGUAAUGAUCACUUUGAUGUCAUUAUGAUUACAGCGGAUCUGAAAGUGGACUUAAAGAAUUAUACUUUUCAUACGUGGGUUAAAAACUGGUCUCUAGGAUUUUUCACAAGUUUAUCGAGUGAUUUUUUACUUGUUUGGGAUUUGGAGGAUCCUCAGGAGAAGAUCGGAUACUCAGUACGAGAAGUUCGUGGAACAUUUUUACCCUCGAACUCGCAACAGAAUGUUUUAAACUCAGAAGUCGGGGUGUAUACAGACACAAAGGAACACUUAAGAUUGGGUAAGUAUUCGGAGGUGAGGAAGGAUUACGAGGUGGAGAAGGAUCCAGAGAUAAGGGGUUAUUCAGAAAUGAUGACAGAAAAAUUGAGCGAAGUGAUCAGAUUGCAGAACGUAGCUCAGAUAUUACAGAACUCGGAACUGUAUGGAGACGCAGAAAAAUGGUUUUCGCGAGUAGUACUGGCAAGAAGACACCUACAAGGAAGAACGCAUCCACAAACACUAAGCAAUAUAGCUGACCUACAGUCAGCCCAUGAAAAGCAAAGAGCUCUUGAAGAGUCGGAAAGCCGGGGUUAGGCUGGGCAACGGGGCUCCGCGGGGCGGAUUGUUACCCUCGGAGGGUAACCCGUGGAUCAUCCAUUUGUGGGGCGGGUAGUUGAAGAAUAUAAACGGGUAACCCGCGAAUAAUUUGCGGAUUAUUUGCGGAUAUCUAUCAAUUCGCAGAUUAUCCAUUUAUCCGUAGGUAGAUGGAUAUUGUAACGAUCUGGUCGAGGCAGCGACUGCCUGAGGUUCGUAUAGUUGGUAGUUGUGGGUUAAGGCUAUUAAUCACUGAUUAUUCAUUUGAAAAUGAAUCCGUUACUAAAUCAAAUAGAAUAUAAAUAAACUAAUUGAUAACUAAAUU